AACUGGUUAUACAAGUUGUCCGUUUGAAAUCGGUAUUGCCUUUUUACAACAAACCAAAUGGUUUGUUCGAUCACGUAAGCUCCAAUAGGCCGCUUGAGCAAUGCCUGAGGACUCUGAACAGAAACAUACGCGUACUUGACCAUCUUGACCAUGACACUUUCUGUCUCGAAUGCCCGGUGAACUGAACCAUGUGGCAGGUUACAUCGUGCAUCCGACCACGCACAUCGAGUUUUACGCGAACAGCGGAAGAGAAAAACUCUACCAUAUCCGAAACCUACACACGACGAACCAGUAAACUACUACUAGUUGAUUUCCCAGCGAGGGAUCCGCUUAACAAAAAGCCGGUCUGUUACCUCAUACAAACGUAAUUGUCGGCGGUAGUCCUCAGCUGUCACACCGUACUUUUCGGCGUAAAGUCGUGAGUCUGAUCGGAAAAGGAAAUUCAGGAUCUCGCGAAGGCACGUAGAGUUCUUCUCUGCCCAUGUGUCAUCCACGCCUCCUGACGAACCCCUCGUGUAAGCAUCAUCAUCCUCGUCUCCGCGGUCAACACGUGGAGGGGGGUGGUGGUCCAAAACUUUGCUGUUGUAAAGGUUGUGUCCGUCAAUCACUACAAUGUUUGUUUUGGUCUGACGUUCUGGGACUCGUGCAGGUACUGACGAGUAGCCAUAUGCCGGGGAAGAGUUCACCAUCGUGCCUCUUGGACCAGGUGUUAUUUUACCGUGGAGCGUUUUUAUUUCUUUCAGUGAACUGCUCCCCCGAUGCUAUUGUGGUAAAUCUGGAUCUGCAUGCUCAGAACCUAACACACGGUUAGACUUUGAGAAAUGUGUGCCCGCCUCACGGUUAUUCGCAGCACAUCCGGUCAAGGCUCUUGUGGGAAAGGCUAGAAGAUGUUAGUUUCAUGUAAGAACGGUACAUCACUGGAGGGGCAGAGACAGCAGCCGCGGUAUGCUGGGAGUCAUUCCGGAGACUGUCCGCGCUCCCUCGGAGCUGCGUCCAGUGCGGGGGAGACCGUACUUUUGAGGAUAGCGUAAAACCGAUUGGAAAACAGAGCUCAGCCGUCUCUGGUGGGAUAUUGCAUCGUAGUGAAACAUAAAAAAGCCAACAUACCAUACCAAAAAUUAUCUACAUUCAUUCUAAGUAAAAAUCAAAGCCUCGAACAACUGUGUCCCCCUGACCGGAGAUAGAUCAGGCAGGUCAAAAGGGUGGAGCGCCCCCCUCUUCCAGCUUGUCCGCCGAACAUCGACAUGCGUCCCAUUCACCGCUUUUGCUGCAGUACACUCAGGAAAAAAAACAAUCUGAGAGAACUGCCACUCGCUAUGUUGGAGUUCGCUCGCACACUCGGCUUCUCAACGGCUUGAUCCUCCGUGUCACACGGACAUAGUACAUCUCAGUCCCCUUACGGAUACCGAGUUUGGGGCAUCAAAAGCCAAACGUCCGGUUUACAUCGCCGCAGUAUAUCGUCAGGUUGCGAAUAUAGCAACACAACGAAAUGCAAAAUGCCGGCGAAUUGAUCUCUGCAACCCAGUGCGAAGAACUAAGAUUAACGUGUCGAUUUCUUUCCGUUUUCCGUGGUCAACAGGUGAAUAAUCCCAUUUAUACGAAUAAACUGAACAGCAUCCAACUAGCGGGAGCUGAUGAGAUAGGUCAAACAGACAACGAAGACAGAGCAUGUUGUUUUAGAGUCAGCAACAUCAAGAGUAUCCCUCCUUCGGUGUAUCACACUCGUUGUGCACCCUGGGACAUGGUGGAAGAAUGGCCUGUCACAUUAUUGAUUCCAUCGUCGUACAUUCAAAUGGUGCGAUAGCCAGGAUGUUCUCUUUGAAACGUAGGGUGUUUAAACACCGCUACCGCCGAUACGCCUGCCAACAAAGAGAUUUCAGUCGCUGCGACACACGGCGUAGAGGUCACCUGGCCUUUCGACUCGUUUCGGUCAACAAAGCACUCGACAACCAUGGCAAGAUUGUGACUGACUACAUAUAAAUCGAGUAGUUUCGCAGCCUCGUGUAGAGAAACCCUUCGUCUCGGGGCAACAACAGCAACCGACGAUAUCAUACUGGCACGUGUGUGGAACCGACCCGCCGAAAACGUGCCGGCUUCAUUGUUAAAGAGUCAGUCUACCUCGGGCACAAACAUAGCUACCGCAUGUGCCAGAAAAUAUGUUUGUUUUGUCAGGGAGAUGCACUGACUGCCUACUGCAGCCAACGAUUGACUCCCAGAGACUCCACCGAAAUCCAUGAAGACAUGCAACCGUGUCGCCAUCAGCGGCGGCGAACAGGACUUGGCGUGGUCGUGUGUAGCGGGGCUUGCACCGCCAACUCCCGCCUACUCAACAAACCCUCAUAGUGUGUAAGGAGGGCAAAAAUAUUUGUCUAGUCUUUGACCACUUUCGGUGUUUGUUCAAAAAUGAAGAUUUGUGUGUUCUCCUGAGAUAUCCACAUUUCUCCUUCUUCAGAUCCAAGCCACUCAGUCUCUUCUCCCCGAGUCCGCGAAACCGACGCACGUGUCCCGUGGCCGACAUUUCAAGACUAUCAUUAGGGCCCUAUUUCAGGCCGCUGGAUAAUGGGCUCGGUAACUUGUGCCAGGGACAGACCAAGAAACCAACUCGAGGGAUCCCUCCGUCGCCAGAUACUAUUCCUCAACACAUCGAACGCUGCGUUGCCAGUAUGGAAUCCGUUGUGCUCCGAGCCAUCUGGCUCACCGUCCUCAUAGGCGGAAUGCUGCCUUGCAUCGCAUCCGAGAUAACUGAACCAACGAUGACCACAAAUCCGGAUUUCACGGUCACAAUCCCCAAAGGCGGACUUCCUCAGGAUGUCGAGGAAGUUUUUUUUCUCCAGCCGUCUCAGAUCCUCCGUGUCAUCGACGAGACAGGGAAAGCCGUCUACAUGCCCCAGGCGAUCACUGACUCGGUUGAUGCUUCUCAGGGAUCCCGCACUGACGCUGACGUUGCUUCUUCUGAGUCGUAUUCCGCCGCGUACGCAUUCGUGAAUGGAAAAUGCGACUUUACGACGGAGAUCCAGUACAAAGAAGCAUUUCCUGACUACACGGCGCCAUUAUGGGUUCGUACUGUCUAUACUGUCCCGAAGACAGAAGCAGCCCCUUCGGAGACGGCUGCGAACUUCACGUUGACGAAUCCUCCUGCAGAGUAUUUGAACGAGUCUGUGAGUUUCUGCGUGAGAUUCAAGACAUUGUUGGCGUCUGGAUCAACCUCGUCAACGACUACAACGACAGGGGCGACACCGACGUCGGAAACUGGAGUUGGGACCCCAAGUUCAAAGCCAUCCAAGCCUACUGUCCCCCCUGAAGGCUCGUCACACUCUGGUGGAUCAAGCGAUCCCCAGGUGGAAUUCCCGAAUGAUAAUCCGAAUGUAGGAGGGGAUGACAACCACUCGGAUGACCAAGGAGAAGGACAUGUGACCGAGCCCGUCACACCAUCUCCAGGAAAUAAACCAAGUACGGGACAGGAGCAAGGAAUAGACGUGGUGGCGCCUCCUGAAGGGCAAAACCACGCAGAAGAUAACAUAUCUGAAAAUGGAAACAGCAAGGGGGAUGCUGAGGUAACAGAUCAAGACACACUCAAUAAAGACGGUGUGGAAGGUGACAAAACUGUCAAAGAAAAUAGGAACCCACAGGCGAGGAGGCUUUCUGGAACGGGCAGCCCGAAAGAGGCAUAUGUGACAAUCGUUCUGCAUUCUGCUGCGUGGGGCCUGGCAGGCGGAGUGGAAAUAAUCUCAGUUUAUAUGGUUUCCAUUACAGCUGCACUGUCGUUCAUUUUCUAGUUGUGUGUUCAACAAUGCACUGGCACUGGUUGUGAGGCGACAGCGGCCCGACGAAUACAUGGAAGCCGAUUUGCGAGUUGUUUCAUUGGCACUUCUGAUGUAAUUCUUGGUUGCUGUACAUGAAGCGUGCGAAUCCAGAAAUUUGUGUGGAGGCUGCAGGAGUGUUUCUACCGUUGCCGCCAUGGGAAAAAACACCCAGUCCGCGGGGGAUGUCAGUUUCCGACACAGGUGGACAAUGUUUUGUCACAGAUUUAUAUGCUGAUUUGAAUGAAUGCAUAUAAAUCAAUUUCUUCUAUGGAAAGCGUUCUGCACAGCAAUCCUCCCUUCUACGCCAGUUACACCAGCACAUUCGCCCCGUGAGGGUGAAAUCAUGCAGAUAGUGUGUGCGUACAGGCCAGGUUAAAUGCUCAUAUGCUCCUACGAGCGAUGGAGCACAUCGUUUCGGU